AUGGCGGCCCUGAUGCUCCAAGUUUGUUUUGGUGCAUUUAUUGGAGGCUUUGGAGGCCUCGGUGGCCUUGGAGGAUAUGGUGGCUUUAGUGGUUUUGGUGGUUAUGGUGGAUAUGGAGGUUUCCGUGGAUUUGGUGGUCUGGGCCGGUUCGGGGGAUUUGGCCCGUUUGGUGGUUUGGGUGCGUUCGGUGGACUUGACCCUAUCGGGUAUGGUUACAGUGGGAGGGUGGAGUCACUUUUCCUAUAUAAAGUCCUGGACACCUACCCUCACCGUCACAUUGUCCAGCUCCACAAGCUUCCAGCUCCUACAGUCAUGCAGUCCCUGACAUUGACGGUGGUGAUAGCCGUGAUGGUUGGAGUCUGUUAUGGUGGAUUAAUUGGUGGUCUUGGUGGCUAUGGUGGGCAUGGUGGCUAUGGUGGACAUGGUCUUGGAGGCUAUGGUGGACAUGGUCUUGGAGGCUAUGGUGGACAUGGUGGCUAUGGUGGUCUUGGCGGUCUUGGCGGUCUUGGUGGUAUUGGCGGCCUUGGUGGAUAUGGCGGCUAUGGUGGAUCACAAGGUUUCGGUGGCUUGGGCGGCUAUGGUGGAGGAUUUAAUGGAGGAUAUGGUAGCCAAGGUGGACACACGUUUAUUCUGAGCAAAAGUCACGGGAGUCAUGGAGCAUUUGGUCAGGGAGGAGAACUAGGAUUUGGCAAAGGUGGUGGAUUCAACGAAUUUGGUAAAGGUGGUGGAUUCGGCGGAUUCGGCAAAGGUGGUCUUGGCCUGGGCUACGGGAAGUAAUACGUCUGGCCUCAUCUUGUACUGAUCACGUCUGGCCUCACCUUGUCCUGACCACGUCUAGCCUCACCUUGUCCUGACCACGUCUGGCCUCACCUUGUCCUGACCACGUCUGGCCUCGUCUUGUCCUGACCACGUCUGGCCUUACCUUGUCCUGACCACGUCCUGCUGUCUUCCUCAGUCCUCUUCAUUAUUAAUGGAAUAAACUACCUGAACA